AGUGUUGAACUGUCUUCCGAGACAGUAAGACGUGCCGCUGCAGUUGCUCUCUAUCCCACUGCUUUGAUGUGAAUUUGUGAUCCGUCGUGUGCAGUACAGCAAAUUUGUUGUUUUUAAGUAAACCGUUCGUUUCAACGUGCGUGAAUUUUGGUCUCCAUAUUUUAUUACGAUUGUGCUGUGUUAAGUGUAUGAGCUAGUGUCUUUCUCUCUCUUGUAUGUGUAUACUGAAAAUUGGACGAAAUAUUUGCUGAUUGAGCCAUAAAUUGGGCCGUUUGAGGCGGCAGCCUCGACAAAAAACAAAUCCACUUGGCAAUCUAAGGAGUUGGAAAACGACUUGGCAACUAAAGUGAACGUGUUUACGAUACAUACGAAUCGCAACGUUUAUCGACGUGCCUAUGAAUUUGUUCAUUAAUUAAAUGGUUUUCAUGAAUGGCAUCGAUUUAAACCCUCUGCACCACAAAGAAGCGGAGGGCCCUCCCGUUCAAAUCGAACCAGUUGAUCUCAGUCUACAAGCUCGCGGUGAAACACGUCAGGAGAGCAGCGUCAACUAUUUUUCAGAGAAUCGCUUGCGGUGGCCAUGUCGAAAUGCUGUAGCUAAAGGAUCAGCAUCGUCAAGUGUCGAUCUGAAUGUUGGCGAUAAUCAUCAUUUUUCCAUUGAUUUUAGUGCGGAUUGUUCAUUGGGAUGGUCAUCGGCUGAAAACCAGAAUGCAGUACUGAAACGGCCAUUAAGGCAUGAUCUCGCCGAAAAUGUAACCCAUUCACCAAAUCGAUGGAGCAUUUCGACCAUAUCGCAUAUCCCAUUUGCGCAGCACGCUCAUUCACAAUUUUCAGCAGCAGUAACACCGAAACACAAACACAGACAAACCAAUUCACUGAAUCAACCGCACAAACUUGUGACUCGGCUGCGAAACGAUGACAAAAUCACAACAUUGAAUCCAGAUGUUGAUUACGAACGUAUACCAGCACCGGUCUAUCAUCGUCUUAAAAGCAAUAUAUCAUCGAAUGAUACGAAAGUGAGCCGCAAAUGCCAUCGAUGCGACGAAAUCGGAUGCAAUAAAAUUUACACGAAAAGCUCACACCUCAAGGCGCAUAAACGAACGCACACAGGUGAAAAACCGUAUGUUUGCACAUGGAAAGGUUGUUCAUGGCGUUUCGCACGAUCCGAUGAGUUGACACGACACUUUCGAAAGCACACCGGCAUCAAACCGUUUCGAUGCCGACUUUGUAUGCGUUCGUUUAGCCGCUCCGAUCAUCUGCUACUGCACAGCCGGCGUCAUUGAUUGAGGAAUUCGUGUUUAAUUUUACUAUCGAAGUCUCUUAAAAUAAGUUAGAUCCCUGAAUCGUUUUCUACAAGCACCAUUUCCACGGCGACUUUUUUCUUUUUCGAUUUAAUUUCCUUUUUAUUUUUAUUUUAAUGACUUAGUGUGAUUUUAAUGGCCAUUUUAGUUAGAGACACAUUAAGUAUCGAAUAGUUGUGUUUGGACUAUCCACAUAUACACAUACAUGCACAGAAACCGAAGAGAAAAUCGGAAACUGAUUUGGUUUUUCGAAAUCGAAUCAUGUUUCGCUUUGAUGUAAAUUACUUUUAUUCAUUGCUUUUCGCAAUCUCAAUUCGUCAUAUUAGGAAAUUUGAGGGGAAUCUUUGACAAAAUUUUAACAAAAAUCAAUAUGUCAACGAAUUUAUUUUUUAUUCAUUUAUUUCUCUCUCGUGAAUCGAUUAGGCUAGAAAUGAUUUGUGGUAAUAGCUACUGAACAAUAUCUACCACUCGCUAAAUAUCGCUCUAUCAGACUGCCUUGAUAAAAUUCGUUCACCAGCUAUUGCCGCAAAGCAUUGGUUCGGUUCAAUUCGAUUCACUUCGAAAAAGCAAGAAACAAAUAACGUAAGCACCGUCCUUAGAAACAGAAAAAAACUCAUACUUUGAAAUACGAAUCCAGUUUUUCCCGAUCGAAUUAACGGCAAAAUUGAUAUUUUCAUCGCUCUGGAAGAAGUACAUCAAAUGCAACACAACCAAAACCAACAGCGGAUGCCAGUGUAAAGCCAGUGUUUUUAUUUUUUUUUACUUAUUCUUUUAAGAUUAGGAAAAUCCAUUAAAAAAUAAUUUUUAACUAAGAAUCGAAAUUAGUUGGAUAAUUUGACGAUUCUUAUUUCCAUUAUUAAUUUAUCGUUCAAUCUAUCUAGUAAAUAAGUAUGUUUAUGAUUAUCAUUAUUAUCAAAAAUGACAGUUGAAUUUUUGGCCAAACUCUCUCGAUUGACAAUCAAUAUGAGGCUGUUUUUUGGGCAUUCUUUUUAUAAAUACAGUUUUUUUCAUGAAAA